GUAGAGGUCGCGUUUCCGGGGCUGUGAGUUUGCGCAUGAAUUGUUUCCUGCUUCGAGCACUAACUGCUCCUUGAGGCAAGGAGCUGCCGAUGGAGUCUGUCUGUAGUACUGCAGAGGAACCAAAGCUCAGACAUGUAGAAAAGGAUAUUUUGAUUCCAAAAAUAAUGAAAGACAAAGCCAAGGAGCUGUGUUCUGAACAAGUGAAAGACUUUACCAAAUGUUGCAAAGACACAGGUUUUCUUAUGGUGAUAAAAUGCCAAAAGGAAAACAAACUGCUGAAAGAAUGUCUCACUGGCUACUAUAGUGAUCCAGCAUUUUAUGAAGAAUGCAAGGCUGAAUAUUUGAAAACCAGGGAAGAACACAGGGCAGCACAAGGUGUUCCUCAUCAGGAGCAUUCUACUAGCUCCUAGGCAAGUUGUAUGGCUGACAUUUGAAACCUGAACUUAUGCGCUUUUUAAUAUCUUCAUAAGCAGUGACAAGGGCAAAAUGUGAAGCAACUGAUUCUUCUCCUGAAGACACUGGAAUAGGAAAUUGUCCAUUUUGUCUCUGAUGAGUGUCUGCUUUUUCAUGGUUCAGGAUAUCAAUGUCAUCUUCAGCUAGUU